AUGACCCAUGAGGUCAAAACCCAGCAGUUGGCCAUGCUGUGGACUGUUGAGUUGAACUGUUUUAUUGAGCUGCACAUCUGCCAUAAUGGGUGUGCCGGUGGUCCGUAUUCCAGGGUACCUCCUUCAUUCCCUAUGCCAACAAAAGGGAGGAUGAAUAAAGCUGCCUAGUGCUUUGAUAUCAGGCCUCUGUCACCCAUCAUAGUAAUGGCAUAUUAUACACCAUAAUAGAGCAUAAGUCAUUAUAAUAGUACAGGUGUGAGGGGAGGACAGUAUAGAUUUGGGAGAAGAUAGAUUGAAGAUUCAGCCUGUUCUUGUCUUCUUCCAGUGGAUACAGAGUAAGCCUGAAGAGGAAAGUUGCUGAGACCACCAAGGACUGUGGGAGAUUGUGGUCUGGGUGUGACUAUGGCUCGGUUCGAUACACCCUCGGAGUAGAGACAACUCUCAAAAUCCAGCAUGAAGGGUAGUAGCUCAAUGUCAAUUUGUGGAUGAUAUUGAAGGGAACGGAAACCCCCUACUGAUCGGUCUGCAAGGCACAGUGAGGUAAUGUUGGAAGUGAGAGGUAUCCCCUCUGGUUUUAUUAAACCCUGCAGCUUUCACUAGGGGUGUAUGACCCCCCCAGACCCCCCUCAAGUCAUUUUCCCAACCCUCCCCAAUGCUCCAACAGUUGUUUGGUUUAAAUGAGGCUGGUGGCGAUUAACUGUGUUAUGUCAAGUUUAUUCGCUGGCAGUUACUCGCUCGAUUAAAUGUUCCACUUGGUCCCCAGCAGUAGACGCAGUGGAACAGUGCAACGAGUCCCUGUGCUAUCACUGUGUGUUUUUAAAAAGCCAUGACGCCGGGGACCACGCAGCACUACACUCACUGUCUCCUGUGAAGUGAUACACCUUUGUUAAUGGGAAUGUGUGAAAUGAAUAAGCCUAUUACAAAUCUGAAUACUGUCUUAAUGUCUUGACUGACCAAAUUGUAUUGUUUAUCAGAAGAAAACUAGCAUACACACUCAUUGUGUUGCCCCAAAUCUACUAAUGAGGGAGGUAGAUUACAUUUCUCUAAUGUUUAGCCUAUAGGCUGCUAACUAACUUGACUUUCUAAAGUCCCUUCAUUGUAUUACUUGGACACAGCCGACUCCAGAGGUUAAAACCAGUCCGAGCAUAUUUCCUUAUCAUUUAUAUUUCUCCCUUUGGCUCUGACCUAACAUGAUUUCUUACAAAGUAUUUGUCUCUCUAAAUGUUCUGAGAUUCACCACAAUGACGACUGGCUUUUAAAGUAAACACUCAUGGUGACUGGGGUUAGGUGGAGUCAUCGGUCUUGACGAGUGAUGAUCCAUUCUGCUAUCUCUAUGUGCUAGGAGGCCUAAACAGUUGAUUUCGUGUUUGCAGUCACUUCCUGGGGGUAGUUAACUUGACAUACAGUUUGUCAGGAAUGGAGAGAAACCAGAUCAGCCAGGAAGAUCGUUUCAACCUGAUAAGUGGAAAUGGCUACAUUAACACAGGUUAAAAAAAGAAACACCGUAACUGUAGGCUUUUCUUGCGCUCAGUGUCCACAGACCGAUGACACAUGAAGCUAGAAUCUGUUUGGGAGAGAAGUUGUGGUUUUUGGCAAUUUUAAACUGUAUUUGCUGUUCUAAAUUUGUACUCGUUGUCAUUGGUAGUCCUCACAAGAUUGAAAACAUUUAUUAUUUCUGGCAAUUUUAACGAAAGAAAUAUGAAUUUAUGCCUUAACAUAUCAAUCAUUGCAUUCCUAUAUUAUUAAAUACAGUAUUGUUUUAUACUUUAUGUGUAGUCAUUUACUGCACUUUAUUAAGUCUUCUCUCGGCAUGCAUGAAAAUAUAAUUAAUUGUCCAAUUUAUAAUUCAAAUGUAUACAUAGCCCAUGUUUAUUUUCAUUAGGGAGGCACUUUGAGUCUCUGGGUCAGGAUUGUUCUCUGGUAUUCCUGUGAGGGAAUGUGAUAACCUAACUCUCCCUGCGACUGCCAGAGCAAAAUAACACAUGCCUACUCUCCCAUGUCUUAGGAUUGGGUCACAAAUUCUAUACGUUAGUUAGUCUUUAGUAAAUAUGGAGCAGGUUUUUUGAAAGAAACAUUUUGUCUAUUGGGGGGGGGUUCAGUGAUACUAGUGGGGUGGGGGGUGAACAAGUCUAUGGGAACAUGCUAGCUGUUUCCAUAGACUUCCAGUCAUUGAGCCAACGACUAUCCAUUUAAAAGCGCGUCUUGGCAGAAAAAUAUAUAUUGACAAAAAAUGCGGCCACAAUUUAGCAGCAGUGGGCCACCACUGCGAAAUGAAUAUAGGGGAAACACUGUUGUCCUUACAUGCAUAAUAGCUUACCAAAAGCAUCACUGGUUAGCCUAGCCAGCCUUUUUUAUUGUUCUUGCAAAUCAUGUGCUUCUAGUAUUUCUAGGGAUAUGUUCAUUAUUUGAACACAUCUUUUUAUUUUCCUCCAUAACAGGUCGAAGAGUGUUAACUGUCACAUGUAUGACUAUACAACAAUGGAAGACAACAAGGAUAGUUUUUCCUUGUAUUCCCUGUCAGUCAUCACAGCACAGAGAAACCUUAGUCAAUAGGUUUAAUUGCUUCAUCUUCACUUCUCCCCAUGGUCCGGUUUACUUAGUGUCCUGCCACUCUGCCACUCCCCGGCACCAUUCUGUUAAUGUUGCCUAAUCUGACUCUGACAGAUGAUUGAUAACCCUUCCCAAGUGUUCAGGAUCCAAAGGAUUAGCACCGUUUACUUCUGGUAGCAUGCAGGGUACCUCCGCUCUUAGUGACGGGAAUUAAUAGCGUGCUGACGCCUACAAGACAGCCAUGUUUAUGCGUGCGGAGAGACGCGACAACCUGCUUUGGUCUGUAGCGUAAUUGGUGACUGUGUGUGUGUGUCCAGGGGGACUGGAAAGGUUUGUGUACAUUCCAGACUCAUAUGUCAUCACAUAUACAAUUACCUUUUCCAAGUUAUGUGGCGUCAACAUUCUUAGAAGGAUUCACAUGACAUAAAAAUGACAAAGCACUGUAGAAAAUGUGCCUUUCUCUUGGAAAUGGCUAUGGAUGGCUAUGUGUUGCUAUGGAUUGCUAUGUGUUGCUAUGGAUGGUGACUGGCCUUUUAUAUUUGGGUCACUGACCUACAAUGUUGUUAUUUAUGAUACUGGAGGACACUGUUUACAUUGCUCUUUAGAACACACACACAGGGUUGGGUAGGUUACUUUCUAAAUGUUGUACGUGUAAGUUACCAACUAGUUACCUGUCCAAAAUUGUAACAUUAACUUUUGGAUUUGGAAACUCAGUAACGUAAUCUGAUUACUUUCUGUUACUUUUGGAUUACUUUCCCCUUAAGAGGCAUUAGAAGAAGACUAAAAGGAUCCAUCAAACUCAUUUAGUGUGUCAUCAUAGUGGUCUCUGACUUGUGGUCAGACUCAGGUGGAACAAAGUUAAACUUGCGUAUUUUUUCAAUGCUGAAUUGAAUGUCAUUGUGAAAACAGAAAGGUGUUAAUGUACUGUAUUUUUUUCACCAACAUCCUUUCUGAAUUUAAAAGUAAUCCUAGAAGUAAUCAUCUAGUUUUUCAAAAGUGUCUGUAAUCUGAUUAAAAUAAUUUUGCUGGUAAUGUAACGGAUUAUAGUUACAGUUUUUUUGUAAUCAGAUUACAACCCUGCGCGCACACACACACCUAAACCAAGUGGCAUGAGAACGGCAGAAAACAUUGACAGCUUGAAUGAAGCUUCACACAAAGAGCUGAGCUAAACUUGGGGGGGGGAAAUGCAACACCGUACAGUAGCUUACUACCUCCUACAGCUCCCAUAGACACGUAUGCACCAGAUACCGGGCGUGGCCGCCUUGUCACACAAAGCCAGAAAUAAAGAGGGAAGCUAUUGCUUUCAGCAGCGAGACCCCCAGGUGACCUUCCCUUGUGACCUUGGUGUGACCCCGUAUUGAGGAAGGGGAAAAGUGAAACGCCUGGUAUCACUGCACCAGACUUGAAUGCACAGAGACGCAGGCACAGUGGCUAGAAAGGAAGGCUCUGUCAUUGUGCGCAUGCCGUAAUCACACACCUAGGUUAUAGGCCCAUGUGUGCACAUGUGUGCACCUUAAAGGCCUGAUUUAAUUCAAUAUGUCAUUACAUGAUAUGUCAUGGCUUUCUCUCGGCAGACACCCAUACUUCGGGGUAGCCUGAAGUCUUUGGUCAUCCAUGUAUUGUGUUUGAAGAGCCACAGCUGGGCUCUUUUGACUUGGUUCAUGUAGAGGUAGAUAUAAAGGUGCAUGGCUUCAGGGUGUAACUGUACCAGGCCUGAGUUAUGGAAUGUGUGACACUGAGCUGUAGGCUAAUCACACCUGGAAAUGGAGGCCAGGGGUCUCUGAAUGUAUCACUUCCUCCUCCGAAAGGAUCUUCUCAAAAUAUAUUUCUGAAAAAGGUGCCUUAACUGAACGUGACACACAAUAAUUGAAGUAUGUUGCCAGUUAUCUAUAUCAGGCAGAUCCUGAGUCUAUCUUGAGCUGGUGUAAACCUUAUCUUUUCUGUGCAAGUCCAGAUAUGAGGUUCGCCCUGUCUCUGUACAGUAUAACCUUGUGUCAAGUCAAUCUUGCUAUCUGUGUAAUUUGCUGACAUUUUGUCCACAGUCGACCUUGAGCAUAUGAGGACGGUGAAGGUUGACAAACACCAGCGCUUCUGCCAAGAGAACAGCCUCAUCAGUCAGUUCGUAUCAGCCAAGUCUGGAGACUCGGUGAGUCGGUUUACCCAGUAAAUCACAUCAAAGUGGCACACACGCACAAUCUUUUUCAAAUCCGGAAAUACUGAUGUUUUGCUGUGAAGAAGAUGUAGUCUGUAUUCCUGCUCAUCUCUCCUCCUUUGCUGCCCUGCUUUCCCUUCAGGUGUUCCUGGCAUUCCAGAGAGUGGCUGCAGAGAUUCUGGGGGUGAAGCUCAACAAAGCGGAGCUGGAGCAGUCCCAGGUGAGACAUGUCUUCAUUAGGCCUUUUAUCUCACAUUUCCCAGAGAGAAUUGACCCUUCGCUAAGCCCCGCCCGCCUUGGUUACUGUUGCAACCUCAGACAGCAUUCCCCCUUCUAACCACUGGCGAAAUCCCCUCACAGUGAUCUCAAAAUGUGUUUUUUAAUACACAAUGAAAUUAAACACAGACUACCCCUUGCUAAUCAGGAGACCCUCUUUUAUGUUGUGGUGGACUUUCAUUACGAUCAUUUCAAUCACAGGAACCUGGUAAAAUGAAGGUUGUAGUGUGUCAGCAUGCAGCCAAAGUUACUAACCACUUCUGGAGAUAACUAGUGCUCUCAAAUUGUAUCCUGAUGUCGGCAGCAGAUGAGAGUUGUAUUCAUAACAUGGCUAACUUACAGUGAGCUCCAAAAGUAUUGGAACAGUGAUUUUUGUUUUGUUGUUUUGGCUCUGUACUCCAGCAGUUUGGAUUUGAAAUGAUACAAUGACUAUGAGGUUAAAGAGCAGACUAUCAGCUUUAAUUUUAGGGUAUUUCUCAUCCGUAUCGGGUGAACCGUUUAGAAAUUACAAUAAUUACAAAGUAGUCGAAAGUUAAUUAUUUGGUCCCUAAUUCAUAGCACGCAAUUUAUUUAUUUAUUUUAUUUCACCUUUAUUUAACCAGGUAAGCCAGUUGAGAACAAGUUCUCAUUUACAACUGCGACCUGGCCAAGAUAAAGCAAUGCAGUGCGAUAAAAAACAACAACACAGAGUUACAUAUGGGAUAAACAAAACAUAAAGUCAAAAAUACAACAGAAAAUAUAUAUACAGUGUGUGCAAAUGUAGCAAGUUAUGGAGGUAAGGCAAUAAAUAGGCCAUAGUGCAAAAUAAUUACAAUGUAGUAUUAACACUGGAAUGAUAGAUGUGCAAAAGAUGAUGUGCAAAUAGAGAUACUGGGGUGCAAAUGAGAAAACAUUUCAGAUGGGCUGUGUACAGGUGCAGUGAUCGGUAAGGUGCUCUGACAACUGAUGCUUAAAGUUAGUGAGGGAGAUAAGAGUCUCCAGCUUCAGAGAUUUUUGCAGUUCGUUCCAGUCAUUGGCAGCAGAGAACUGGAAGGAAUGGCGGCCAAAGGAGGUAUUGGCUUUGGGGAUGACCAGUGAGAUAUACCUGCUGGAGCGCAGACUACGGGUGGGUGUUGCAAUGACUACAUCAAGCUUGCGACUAUACACAUUUGUUGGAUUCAUUUGCUGUUUGUUUUGGCUGUGUUUCAGAUUAUUUUGUGCCCUAUAGAAAUGAAUGGUAAAUAAUGUAUUGUGUCAUUUUACAUUUGGAGUAACUUUUUAUUGUAAAUAAGAAUAAAAUAUAUGUCUAAAGACUUCUACAUUAAUGUGGAUGCUACCAUGAUUACGGAUAAUCCUGAAUGAAUCGGUAAUAAUGAUGAAUGAGAAAGUUACAGACGCACAAAUAUCAUACCCCCCUCCCAAAGAAAAUGCUAACCUCCCGUUAUUGUAAUGGUGAGAGGUUAGCAUGUCUUGGGGUAUGAUAUUUGUGCGUCUGUAACUUUCUCAUUCAUCAUUAUUAACGAUUCAUUCAGGAUUAUCCGUAAUCAUGGUAGCAUCCACAUGAAUGUAGAAGUCUUUAGAAUAUUCUUUUUUAUAAUAAAAGUGACUGCAAAAUGACACACUACAUUAUUUAACAUUCAUUUCUAUUGGGCACAAAAUAAUCUGAAACACAACCAAAACAAGCAGCAAAUGCAUCCAACAAGUUUGUAGAGUCACAAACUUGAUGUAAUCAUUGCAUUUUAGGAAAUGAUGUAGCAGCCCCUCAAGUCAUGUCGACAUUGUUUGGACGGUUUCAUAUAAUCACACGCAUGUACACGAGGUCAAACAGAGUGUGCCAGGUCACAGUGAUGCUGUACCUGUGACUGUCCAUCUGUAAAUACAGCCACAUUGACGACGUUAGAGCCCAAUCGUGCGUGAAGCAAGAGGUCAAGAGGUUGGCGGUGUAGGGUGGGAAGGUUAGGAUGCGUUCUCUGAUUUAUUGAGUUUAUCUCCCUCGGAGCUCGGCCUCUGCGAACCAGCCAGACCAGGUGGCCCCGUCACUGGUGACAGAGGUGGGAUUACUCAGGGCACCUCCCACAGAGGCAUUCAUCCUGCUUGUGAUAUGACUGGUCGGUGCCACGCUGGCUAGAGAGUGGCUGAUGAGGCUGGGGCUAUGGGGAGGUCAGGACCCCCAGAGAAGGGAGAGGACCAAGGGAGCGAAGGCUAGGAGACGACUCUCAAACACACUUCCACCCCCACCCUGCCUUUUUGCUGUCAACAGACAGGCUAAUGAAGGUGUCCAUCUCCGCUCCCCUCCGUCACCUCCCAUGAUAGCUACCUCAAUAAACCCAAGUGCUUUAAUCCAAGCUAAACAAGCUGGAUGAGUGGUCUGAUCUAGGGCUGUUGAGGUGACCGUAUUACCGCCACACCAGCAGUCAUGAGUCAUGACCGCAGUAAAAUUCGACGUGACCGUUGAGUCACGGUAAUCUCCUUUUAUGCACUCUGGACAUGUGUUGGUAGUACCUAAUUCAUUAACGACCUUCAGGUUACUAAUGACCUGGUACUCAGUACUCUAUUGUCCUUCUAACCACGCUGACAUUAAUGCAAAUGCAAUCGAAAAUCAAAUCAAACACUUAUCAAAACAGUAUCGUGCUUUUAAAACUCACCUCACUGUAAUCGAUCAAUUUGAAGAAAGAAGUUUAACAACAGGUUGAAACUGAGUGGAAAACAUGGUGGUUGUGGAUGUUGUUUCAAAGCCUAACACAACAAAAUGGACAGCGCUUUCUAAGGUGAUGAUUAAUUCAAAACGCCCAUACACAUACUGUAUUAGAGCUUAUGCAUACGCAUAGGCUUAUGAGCCCGGGGGAAAAAAAGGAAUUAAAAUGAUUGUGCCAUUAUACAAUUCAUAGCCUACCACAUAUUACGCACAGCAGAAAAACAUUUAAAAAACUGAUUUAAGAUGUCUUUGGUACAUAAUUGGUCCAGCCUAUACUCCAAAAUUAAACAAAUUAUAGUAAUCGCCUUUGAGUGUGGACUGUAAUAUUAUGCAUACUGGAUGGACUGGUUACCUUAUGCUACACUCCAAAAUCUCUGUCCAUGAGUGGGAGAGAACUUAUAGGCCUAGGCCAUGCUGUUGUUUUAUUGAUUGUGCAGGCAGCUUACGGAGUUAGCCUACAAUUAUAGUGAAUUUGUAUUUGAUUUUGAAGAGCCUAGUAAUGGGGCAUUUUUUUAUAUUUUUUUAAUAAUUAAUAGGCUGACACAUGACCUUUUAGCUACAGAAUAUCUCACCACCGUGCGUUUCCAUCUCCUCCUCUCUCUCCUUCAUUCCUUUCUCAAGUGCGCUGUCGCGCAGCGUUCUCCUCAAACAGUGGUUGAUGUGUGGAGUGAAAUAAAUGUUCUUAUAAGCCCAGACAUUUCUAUAUGUAAUCCCGUGUGAAAGCAGAGUUUUGAUGGUUGCUCAUAUUAAGCGCAUGCUCCGCUAUAAAACCGGAGUAGCCUACCUGGCAUGAUUGAAAAACUAACAGACUUUCUCAAAUCAUCAAUAGCCUAUAGUCGCAUCAUGCAGCCCAUAUAUGUUUUGACAUUCUAAGGUUUGUAUCAUUUACAACUAAAGUUGCCAAAUAACUCUAAAUCUAGCGUAUAGGACCUGUUUCAAAUGAUCACUUUUAUGCUCAACAUACCCACUUCAUAUGCGCAGUCGCUCCGGAAUGGGAAAAAUAUCCUUUCUAUUUUAUUCAGCUAAGUUCAAAUAUAUUAUUUUUACUAUAAAAUCAUAUAAUAUAAAAUAAUGGCCUGGGACUUAUAAGCAUAUCUUGUCACCUAAUGAGCAAGCCUACAGCCUAUGGCAUGGAGCAUAGUCAGAUAACAUACAGUAGGCCAACUCAUAUUCUGUUCUGAAAUACAUUUUCUUCAUAUCAUAAUGUUUCUUUAGACCUGCCUAAAAUAAAUAAUGGAUUUAUUGUGAUGGUUUAUAUUCAAUUGAUUUAUUCAACGUUUUUUUAAAUGUAGAUGUUCCAAAGGCGUGCAUCAGCUACUUGUAUGUGGCUUGUAUGAGUGGAGGCCUGGAGAUGCUAAACAUGUUUGUUUAUUAACGGUCAAUUACCGUGAGACCGGCAGUCUUUUGCAUGACAAUAACCGUCUGACACAAUUUAAUGACCGCCAUAGCCCUAGUCUGACCUGAUCUGCCUGUCACAGAGACGUAAUCUAUGGCUUCCAUGGGUCACUUCAGGGAUGCAAGAUUCUUUUUCUACAUAAAAUAAGUAAUAUUUUAGUGAAGACUAUCCUACUUCAAUGGUGUAUCUUCAUCUUGGAUAGAGAAUGGGUCAGGUUUCUAGGCUACAGUAGUUGAAGGCCUCAACAUUCACUGGAGAAAAAAUAAGUCUGCCCAAAAUCUGUCUGUUUUUCUACUUUGUUGCUGUGCAGUGCUAUCAAUGAGAGAAGUGAUGUUCUGAUUGGUAGGCAAAUGGAUUUGGGGAAGGAGGUCAAGGGCAGCUCCAGGUUAUUGUUGGGGGGCAGAAAAGCCUGAUUAUCAGCUGUCAGGUUUAGAGAGCUGUACAUGGGGGUCAGGGCCCCUGACAAGAUCUUAUCGGCCUGGGAGCCCACUCCAUCAUGGUCCCUUGUCUGGAAGAUCAGAUACUGGGGCCGCUGAUCACUCACAGGGUCCGACCCCAGGCAUCGGCAGCUCGUUAAUCAGAAUGGCCAACCAGUGCCUGGGUUACAACCACGAUCUCUGCUUUUUGCUGGCUCCCCAAUCCAGGUCUGAGGUUUAACUGUAAGUUCAGAACCCGUCCGUCCAGUUACUGUUACUCAAUAUCCAGGGCCCGUAUUCAUGAAGCUUCUCGGAGAAGAACUGCUGAUCUAGAAUCAGUUUAGCCUUUUAGAUCAUAACUCAUAAGAUUACCUGGACAUGGGGGGGGGACAGGACCUUUAUACCUUUCCUCAAUGAAGAUGUAAUGGUUGAUUUAAAACUUGGCAUGGUAAAAUUUUAGUAGAUGAGGAGCUGAGAAUGCACACCCAAAAACAGUUAAUAAAGUGCAGACUAGUGGCUUAAACUUUAAAAAAAUUAAAGUCUCACUCCCAGAUCUUUAUUGAAUGGAUAAACCAAUAUUUGGCACACACAAUUCAUAUCAGGCUGGGAGUAUUAUAAUACAUGAGUGUUCUUCAUUUGUACAUGGCAAAAUGUUUCACAAAUGUAUUUUGUCCAUGGACUGUGUAAACCUGGGAACUUCUCAUUAGUAUGUUCUUCUGUUAAAUCCAUUUGUCACGUGUUUCUUUCUCAUUUCUCUCCCUGUCACCUCCACGACCCUGUCUUCACCUCUCCCUGUCCUCCAUUCCAACCAACUGUACCCCCCGUCUGCAUCUUUUUUUCCCCUUCCUGUCCUCUCUCUCCUUUCAUUCCAUACCUCACCUCCUCUGCCCACGCACCUCCUUUUCUAUCCCUCUCUCCUGCUGGGUUUUGUCUCCUUCCGUCCCUCCAUCUCUCUGCUGGUGUGGUGGUGUGUUGUGCUGCUCAGAGGAUCGUGAAAGCUGAGCUGGUGGACUACCCUCAGGACGAAGCCCCCAUUAGACAAGAGACCAAUCAGAGCAAAAUCUGUUCUGUUCAAUAG